GUUAGAGAUCACGUGUUCAGAGAGCAGCCGCGGUUGGCGUGUCAUCCUGAGGGAAUGCGGAAGUGUCCACGCCUUCUGCUUCAUCGCUAAAUAAGGCAGUCAACAGGGCGACAUGGCGUCUUCUGGUGCCAAAACAGACCUCAGGCUGGUGGUGCUGGGCCGGACCGGGGCAGGACAACGUUCAACGGUCUGCAGCAUCCUGGGCCUGCAAGACAGCGAGCAGGGCAGAGAAAGUGACGGCUGUAGUAAACACCGAGGAGACGCUGCAGGACGACAGGUGCUGGUGGUCUCCAGUCCAGACUGGUUCAGUUUAGAUUACGACCCAGAAGAGAGACGAAGUCACAUCUCCACCUUGAUCACCUUCUCCAGCCCGGGGCCGCAUGCCUUUCUGCUGUGUGUCUCGGUCAACCAGCCAGCUGACGGAGAGACCAAAGCUCUGGAUGUCCUGGAGAAGGUCUUGGGCCCGUCUGCGGUGAGCAGGAACACCAUCCUCAUCUUCACCAACAUGGAGGAGCUGGAGGAGCACGAGAGGCUGGAGGACUACCUGCUCACGUGGCGCAAGGACCUCCAGGCGCUGCUGGAGAGAUGCAACGGUCGCUAUCACACCCUGGAGACCCGGAGCGGAGAACCGGGAGCCCUUGAGGAGAUGCUGGAGAAGGUGGAAAAGGCGGUGAAGGAGAACGGAGAAGAGCACUUCAGCUGCCCUCUCUACCAGCAGGUAGAGGACCAACUGGGGAAGAAGCAGCUUGAAAUUGUGAGAGAGUGGAGGAAGGAAGCACGGGUGGUGGACUUGGACGUGACUGAUGAGGAGAUGGAGGAAGCCCGAGAAGAGGCAGAAAGAAGUUUACGAGACCUAAAUGUGGACCUGGAUCAGGUUUUCCCUUCGUCCGCCGUCUCCAAUUCCUCCCCUCAUGCAUCCUCUCCCCUAGGCUUCUGGGAGACCUUGGUGUCCUGGGUCUUGUGGCUGCCCACGCUGGUGAGAAGGGAGGCCCUGCUGGGAGCUCUGGUGGGCCUCUUUGUUGGCGGGCCCUUCGGGGGCGUGGUGGGAGCCACGGUGGGCUCGGUGGCUACGGAGGUGGGCCGCAGGAAAACCCACAAAACCAAAUAGAUAAGUGGUGCGGAUAACGCCAUCAUGUGUCAUGCCUUAUGUUGCACCUUGUAGUCACUUCACUGUGGUCAGACUACGCCAAUUUAUCGCAACGCUAACAUGAAUGUAUCGCAACGCUAAUAUUUAUGUAUUACAAAGUUAACCAGCUAACAUGAAUGAAUUGCAAAGCUAACAUUACCGGUAAUAUAUUUCAAAGCUAACCAGCUAACAUUAAUGUAUUACAAAGCUAACCAGCUGACAGUAAUGUAUCACUAAUUAGCAAACAAUGUAUUACAAAGCUAAUUAGCAAACAAUGUAUUACGAAGCUAAUUAGCUAACAAUGUAUUACUGAGCUCAGAGCCGGCCCAAGGCAUAAGCGUACUAAGCGCUUGCUUAGGGCCCCGCGGCCACCAGGGGGCCCCCAAAAGCAAUUAACAAAAAAUUCUUAUUUUUUAUUUUUUGCAUGUAGGAGUCUGACUGAUGAUUUCUAAGUGAUCAAAGAUAUAUUAUUGUACAAAAACACAAUUUUAGGUCAACAUUUUUGCACAUUGCUGUUUCAGGUUUUUGUUACCAAAAAUAAUAAAGUGAAUCAGAAUCAGCUUUAUUGUCCAGUUAUGUUUAACACACAUGGAAUUUAACUUCAGUAGACUGCGCUCUCUUUGUACAAAGUAAACAUUAAAUAUGAACAAUUGACUAAAAAUAUAAACUAGUAAUUAAAGACUAAUAUGUACAAGACUGAUGAGACAAGAUGACACUUUUACUGUAAAUACAAAGCUUUAUCACUUGGACUGUUCAACCCCAGGCCACUCUUGUAGCUGAAUGUUUUCUACAUUUUAAGAUUAGGAACCAUAUGUGGUACUCUGGACAUCAUUCGUUCAUUCAUUGGUAUUAUUUAUGUUCUUAACUGGGCCACCCCCAUAUCUUUAUAAAUGACAUGUCAUUUGUAAAGACAUGCCAGGCUGACAAUAGGAUAAUGUAAACAACACUGCCAGAGCCGCAAUGAGCUUAUAGUAGGUGUGUGAAUGAUCAAUCAAUAUUAUUGGCAGAAAUAGAGGGCCCCAAAAUCAAAUUUUGCUUAGGGCCCCAUGGAGGCUUGGGCCGGCACUGACUGAGCUAAUUGGCUAACAAUGUAUCACUGAGCUAAUUAGCUAACAUUAAUGUACUGCUGAGCUAAUUGGCUAACAUUGAUAUGUUAUGAUGCUAAUUAGCUGACAUUAAAAUAUUACUCAGCUGAUUAGCAAACGAUGUAUUACGUAGCGAAUUAGCUAACAUUGUAUUACUGAUCUACUUAGCUAACAAUAAAGUAUUACUAAGCUAAUUAGCUAACAAUGUAUCACAGAGCUAAUUGGCUAACAGUAUUGUCCAGUAUUACAAAGUUAACAAGCUAAUAGCAUUAUUGUAUUACUAAGCUAAUUAGCUAACAAUGUAUUUAAGAGCUAAAACAGCUAUGUACUACCUAGCUAAUUAGCUACCAUUAAUAUGAUAAAAGCUAAUUAGUUAACAUUAAUGUACAGUAUUAAAAAAAGUUAACCACCCAGUAGCAUCAAUGUAUCACCAAGCUAAUUAGCUAACAGUAUUGUCCAGUAUUACAAAAUUGACCAGCAAAUAGCAUCAAUAUAUUACUAAGCUAAUCAGCUAGCAAUAUAUUUUUGCGCUAGCCAGUUAUCAUAUUAGGAAGCUAACCAGCUAACAGUGUUUCACGCUAAUUAGCUAACAAUGUAUUGUGAAGCUAAUAAGCUAACCUUUUACUUUACAAAGCUUACCAGCUAUUAUUAAUGUAUUCCUAAGCUAACAUCUAAAAAUGUGCUAACAUCUAAAAAUGUGCUAACAUUAGCGUAGUGCAGACACAGUGCAUUAGUAUAAUG